AGCUUUUCUGAAGGGAUGGCUUCCUCCGCUCCCUCGUCCUCCAACGACGCUCCGGACCCCAUCCCAACUAAUUUACGACCCACAACUUACGACUCGUGGUGCGGCGUGGCUCACGGGUGCACCAGGAAGAUCGGGCUGAAGAUAUGCGGGUUCCUGCAGAGGACCAACAGCCUGGAAGACAAGGGCCGGAUCGUCAGCUCCCUGAAGGAAAGGCAGUCCUCCAAGAGCCUGUUGGCGUGCGAGAACAGCGAGAAGGAAUCCAGGUUCCGGCGCACCGAGACAGACUUCUCCAAUUUGUAUGCCAGAGAUUUGCUGCCCGCCAAGAAUGGCGAGGAGCAGACCAUGCAGUUCCUGCUGGAGGUCGUGGACAUCCUCCUCAACUACGUGAGGAAGACGUUUGACAGAUCCACCAAAGUGCUGGACUUCCACCACCCGCACCAGCUCCUGGAGGGCAUGGAGGGCUUCAACCUGGAGCUCUCGGACAACCCCGAGUCCCUGGAGCAGAUCCUGGUAGACUGCCGGGACACGCUGAAAUACGGAGUGAGGACAGGUCAUCCUCGCUUUUUCAAUCAGCUGUCCACAGGACUGGACAUUAUUGGCUUGGCUGGGGAGUGGCUGACAUCAACUGCUAAUACAAACAUGUUUACCUAUGAAAUUGCCCCUGUUUUUGUCCUCAUGGAACAAAUAACACUCCGAAAGAUGAGAGAGAUUAUUGGAUGGUCAAAUAAAGAUGGCGAUGGAAUAUUCUCACCUGGAGGAGCUAUCUCCAACAUGUACAGCAUAAUGGCUGCACGGUACAAGUAUUUCCCUGAAGUCAAAACCAAAGGCAUGGCUGCAGUCCCUAAACUGGUUCUCUUUACCUCGGAACAUAGUCACUACUCAAUAAAGAAAGCCGGAGCUGCACUUGGAUUUGGAACAGACAAUGUGAUUUUGAUAAAAUGCAAUGAAAGAGGCAAAAUAAUACCAGCUGAUUUGGAGGCAAAAAUUUUGGAAGCAAAACAAAAGGGGUACGUUCCUCUUUUUGUAAAUGCAACUGCAGGCACAACAGUAUAUGGAGCCUUUGAUCCAAUACAGGAGAUUGCAGAUAUAUGUGAAAAAUAUAACCUCUGGCUCCAUGUAGAUGCUGCCUGGGGAGGCGGACUCUUAAUGUCCCGAAAGCAUCGUCAUAAAUUGAAUGGAAUAGAAAGAGCCAACUCAGUCACUUGGAAUCCACACAAGAUGAUGGGAGUGUUGUUACAAUGUUCUGCCAUUCUUGUCCGGGAGAAGGGUAUACUUCAAGGCUGCAAUCAAAUGUGUGCAGGCUAUCUCUUCCAGCAAGACAAACAGUAUGAUGUAUCCUAUGACACUGGAGAUAAGGCAAUUCAGUGUGGUCGACAUGUGGACAUUUUCAAAUUCUGGUUGAUGUGGAAGGCAAAGGGUACAGUCGGAUUUGAAAAUCAGAUCAACAAAUGCCUGGAGCUGGCAGAAUAUCUCUACACUAAAAUCAAAAACAGAGAAGAAUUUGAGAUGGUUUUUGAAGGGGAGCCAGAGCAUACAAAUGUAUGUUUUUGGUAUAUUCCGCCAAGUCUCAGGGGCAUGCCAGACUGUGAUGAGAGAAGAGAAAAGUUACACAGGGUGGCACCGAAAAUCAAAGCACUGAUGAUGGAGUCGGGUACUACCAUGGUUGGGUAUCAGCCUCAGGGCGAUAAAGUCAACUUCUUCCGAAUGGUCAUCUCAAACCCAGCAGCAACUAAGUCUGACAUUGACUUCCUCAUUGAGGAAAUAGAGAGAUUGGGGCAGGAGCUGUAG